UGACGUUUCUCACAGCGCCACAAAAACGAUGAAAAAAAUAAAACAUCAGCCAUCCUGGAAAAAGUAACAAAAUAUUUACGAGUCGCGAUAUUUUCGAGAAUUUUUAGUGUUUUAUUUCGUUCGUUUGGUGGAACUUAUUGUGUGUAAUAGCGGGAACAGUGAACAAAUCGAAAACCGGUGCCAGCUGUCCCGCGUCCAGAGUGUUCCAGAGAUUUCUGGGGGAACAUUUUUGAUUUUCGUCUUGCCCCUCCUUCGCCACACACAACAACAGACAGCAGCAGUCCAGCAGUAGUUGUUCCGAAGAUGUCUUCUUCGCCAUUCCAUCAUUUUGCGUUCAACCACGGAACGAGGAAGAUCGCACCGCUGAAGGUUCGAAAUCCGAGUAUCAGUCCGUCGCAGAUAAUGCCAUCGCCGAGCGGAGUGCCGUUCAACAUCGCCGACAUGCCCUGGUCGUACAGUGGGAAACCGGGCCAGCUGAUGGAAUUCAAUGCGGUGAUCCGGCCGAGUCCGAUCCUGCAGGGACCGCUGCACCACUCGCUGCCCUAUCCGGAGAUGCGGAAGCGCAAAACCGAACCGGACGUCGUUCCGAUACCAUCAAAACAGUUUUUCACCGACGAGUCGAUGGCCAUCCACAUGAACAAUCUCCAUUUAUCAUCCGAAUACACAUCGCACAAUAUCGAAACAACGACGAUCUCCGCAUCCGAGGACGAAACGCUCCGGUCCCUGUCCGUAUCCGGAUCGCCCUCCUCUCUGGAUGAUGACAUGUCCCUCGGUGAAGCCGGGGGUCCUUCCACAUCCACCACCUCGUCAUCGCACGUCUACAUGUCCCCGCAGGAGCUGGAGGAACGGCUCAAAAAGGCACAACGAAUUAGCGUUUGCGAGGAAGUUCGCAAGCUGGACAAUCGGACGGAAAUCCUUCCCCAGGUGCUGCUGGAGAGGAUCGAGAAGCCCUGUACGGCACUGGUCCUGUGGCAACCGCCGCCCGUGCUGGAGAAGAUCCUGACCAAGGUAAGUGACGCCCUGAAGGAACGGGAAGAACAGGAAACCAAACAGCAAGAGUCCUCGCGGAGGUCCAACGAGGUGGCCAUGGGAGACGAGGAGGAAACGCUGCCCGACCUGCCGGACUACGACGAUGAUCUGGACUUUGAAGAGAACAACAACAACGUGGCCUCGGUAAGCGAUAUGAACAGUAUGGACGUCGAGAUGUAGUGGGGGAGGGCCGCCGUGUGAUUCGCGAUCGUGAUCCGGGAAUCGAUGCAUGUCAUGUACAAUGUUUUCUUAUUUUUUAUUCAUACUUUUAGGAUGUAAGGCGAAAGACCCCAAUCCGUUGGGCUCGAUAUUAAGCUUGUGGUCGAUAAGAUUGUUGAUAUACAUUUUUGUGGGGUGCAAAUAAAGCGAAAUAUAGACGAAAUUUUCAAUCUCGAA